AUGAAUCAUGAUAUUGAUAAUAAUGAUGAUGAUGAGUCACCAUGUCAAUCAUCACCUACACAUUUUUUAUUUUCAAUUGAUGAAGAACAUGCUUCUUUAAAUAAGAAUGAUGCAAAACGAAAUGAAAAUUUCAAAACAUCUGCAUUAUAUAAAUGUCAUUCAUGUCGAAAAAUUCAAGAUAAUCCAAUAUUAACUUGUUCAGAAUGUGUUAAUACUGGUCAAUUUUGUUCGUCAAAGCAUGAAAUACAUGCGAAUAAGAGACGAGAAUUUUUAUUAAAUAUGUUAAAUAAAAAUGAUUAUGAAGAAUUUCAACAACAUUCAAAUUCCAAAUCAAAUCAACUUCCAUAUUCUGAUCGAAUGUUUUUAUUAAAAAAAUUCAAUGCAGAAAAACAAAUUUUACAAUCGAAACUUCAAAAAAUACAAAAUUCAUCUAUUGAAAUUCAACAUAUGUCAGAAAUAAUUCAAAUACGAAAACAACGUCUUCAUCUUAUUCAUCAUGCUAUGAAAAAUUUACGGGAACAAAUUGAACGAAAACAAAAACUUAAUAGUGUAACUAAGGAUCGUAUUGAAGCUACUCGCUCACGAGUUGAAGCAAAAAAACCGGAAUUAAAUGAUAUUUCCAAAGCUGUAGAAUUAAUUAAUCAGAAAAAUAGAAAAAUACGUUAUAAUCUUACAAUACACGAAAAUAGAUUAAAUGAAAUUCGUCGAGAACAUUUUGAUGAAUUAUACAAAUAUAUAUUUCCUAUUGAACAAGUUUCAGCAAUUGAAGAAGAUGAUGCAAUAAGAAUUAGAAAUUUAUCAAUUGCACAACAAACAACAAUUGGUGGAGUGUAUGAUGAAUCAACAGAAAAUAAUGAAACAGUAAAUGUUUCAGAUUAUAGAUAUCAAAUUGUUAAUUCAUAUUUAUCAAAAAAUGGAGAUUAUCAAAUUGAUAAACUUGUUUCAAUUGCUAAUAUUGAUACAAAUAUGAACGAUCCGGAUUCACCACAAUCAUCACUUUCUCGUGAUUUAUAUUAUGUUGUAUCAGCUUUAUCACACGCUUGUCAAUUGAUCAAUGUUAUUGCAUCUUAUCUUCAUAUUCAUCUUCCAUUUCGUUUACAUCAUAUAAAAUUCAAUACAGAUAAAUUAUCGAUUGAUUGUCUUCGUGCUGAUAUUGCAAAAUUAAAUACAAAUAUUAUUUUUAGUUGCUUAUCACAAGGUAUUCCAAUUGAAUUUACAAAUUCAACAUAUACACUUGAAAAUUUACGAACAUUACUAAAAGUUGAAAAAUAUCUUAAUCGACCAAGACCAGUUAUCUAUGGACAAAAUUAUAUUGAUAUAAUAGAAAGAGAUAUCAAUGAAAUAAAUCGUACGUUUAUUACAGAUUAUUGGUUUGAUGAUUAUGAUGAACAUGAUGAUGAAGAAGAAGUAAUAAAUAUUUUGAAUAACAGUGAAUGGGAAACCAUAGCACAUGGUUAUUAUAUACCAGAUGAUCGAUUUUCAUCGGAUGAUGAUAAUUCAUUACCAACAAGUACUAGUCAACAAAAUUCAUCAAUUAUGAGCAGUUCAAUUGAUAAAAUCAUGCCAUCAUCAUCAUCAGCAUCGUCAUCUUCAUAUUUUUUACAAGAAAUGUCUUAUCCACCUUAUUGUAUUCAACCAUUAAAAUCUUGGGGUAUGAUAGCCGUCGGUGGUGGAGGUGGAACAGCUAAAACUGGUGUAGGUAAUGCUGUUGAUUUAAAAUGGAUUUAUUUAAAUCAAUCAUCCGAUCCAAAUAAUAGUAAAUGUUCAAUAGAAAAUAUUAAUAGUUUUUCUCAACAUGAUAGUGUUAUGCGUAUGGUUUCAUUACGAAAACAAAAUGAAUAUCUUAUAUUAGCACUUAAUCGUCAUUUAAAAGUUAUUAUGCUUAAAGCAUCUCAUGUUGAUCUUAAUGAUGAAUCAUUAAAACAUUCAGCAUCAUCAGCAUCAUUAUCAAUAAAUACUCUGGAAGCAACAUCAUUAUCAAAAGGUAUACAUCGACGUAAAAAUUCUUCAUCAUCAGAUUUAGGAAAGCUCAAACGUCGUUCAUCAACAACAGUUCAUCGUUAUAGUUCAGCAACUGUUGAAGCUGUUGGCAAUGAAACAUCAACUGUAGUAACCCCAUCUAGUCUAACACCAACAAUACGUAUAAAUCCAUUGAGUCGAAUUGGAAGUACAUCAUCAAUAGUAACAAUAAAAAAUCUAAACAAUAUUUAUACAGUUCCCAUUCAAGAAUAUGAAUAUGUUAAUGCACUUGUUGUUUGUCCAGCUACACAAUCAAAACUUUUUGUCGGUGCUAGUGAUGGUUCAUUAACUAUUUAUGAAAUUAUUUGGCCAUCAAUAUCAUCAUCGGAUCGUUUAAUACAUUUAAAUAUAUUAACAUCAUUUACAGCACAUAAUAAAGAAAUUGAUGAUUUAGCUAUUGAUCCAUUUGGAAGAUGGUUAAUAAGUGUAUCACGUGAUCAUCAUGUUCAAAUUCGUCAAUGUUCACCACCAUUUGAUAAACAUAAUGAAAUUGAUCCAUAUCAAUUUGGAAAAAAUAAAACAGUAACUCCUGCCAGACCAUUAUAUCGUAUUCGUCAUGUUCGUUUUGGUAUUGCAUCCAUAUCUUCAAAUACUCAAUGUUUUCUAUAUACUAGUCUUAUUCCUCAAUCCAUCACAGAUAAAUUAAAUAGUUAUAUUGUUCAAUGGUAUGAAAAUAAACAACAUAAAUUUAUUGUUCGAUUACGUCGAAGAGUUUCCUAUGAUUGUAUAUCUGCAAUGGCUGUAAGUAAUUGUGGUCAAUAUGUAUCAAUUGGUGAUUCAAUUGGUUGUGUACGAAUUUAUGAAACAAAUCGUUUAAUAUUAUUAUAUGAACAUUGUUCACAUACAAUAUUUGUUACUGAUUUAGCAUUUAUAUUUCGUGAAGAAAAUUAUCUAUAUGAAACAAGUGUAUUAAAUAUAUUCAAAUUAACAAUGUCAGCUCAAACAGAUGUUUUACGAAAUAAUCUUCAUGCUCAACUCGAUCGUUUACUUGAACAAUUAACUGAUUUAGAUCAAACCAAAGAUGAUAUGGAUGUUGAUGAAUAUAAUGAAGCACGACAAGAUACAGUUGAUCAAUUAGAAGAUUUUAGUAAAUCAUUAGAGAAAAUGAAAAGUGGAGAAGGUGGUCUAUCAUUACUUGAUGAAGUACAACGAAUUCAAAAUGCUAUUAAAUGUGCUAUUAGUCAAGCAUUUCAAACUCCUGAAGUCAUUCGAUUUUUUGCAAAGAAACAACCAGUUCAACUACGCAAUCGUCUUGCUGAAAUUGAACGAGAUACAAAAGUUGGUAAAAUGAAUGCUGGUGAAGGUGCUCGUCAGAAAAAAGAAAUUCUUGAUGCUUUAAAAAAACUUGGAGAAACAUUAACAGGUGAAGAAGAAAUCUAUUUAAAACAAUAUUCUGACAGUGGCAAUGCUAAUUUUGCAAAAAUGAACGAUUCAUCAGAUGUUAAUGUCAAUGCACUAUCAGCUGUAGCAGCUAAACAGAUAGAAAAUGCUCGUGCACCACGAUAA